AUGGCGGGGAUGGAGCUCUGCGAGCCCGGCCGCCUCUACAACAUCCUCAACCAGCAGCGGCGGGUGUCCCGGCUGGCGGAGCCCAACUACCUGUGCCUGCUGGAUGCUCGUACUCAGCGUGAAUACGAUGAAAGCCAUAUUAUUACAGCACGCAGGAUUGAACAGAGUCCUACAGGGGAGUACCUGGUACCGGAUUCAGAGGAGCUGGGGUGUGUCAGAUACUGUGUGGUGUAUGACUGUGAGACCAGCUCUUUGGAUUGCUGUGACUAUGAGGAAGAGGAGAAAGAAAAAGGGAGCAGUGCUUCUUUACACACUGAAAACACUGACUCAAGUUCCGUAUGUUCACAGAAUGCUGAGGAAGGAACUGCCGUCCAGUAUGCCAGAAGCUUAGAGCAGUUCACCUGCCAUCCUGUCCUUGUCCUGAGGGGAGGAUACAAGCAUUUUUCAGCUUGCUAUCAUUUUCUGAGGACUCAGAAGAUAUUGUGGAUGCCUCAGGAACUAGAGAACUUCCAGCCAUACCCUGUAGAAAUACUGCCUGCAAAGUUAUAUAUGGGCAAUUUCAAGCAGGCCUGUGACCAACAAAUUCAGAAAGAUCUGAAGAUCAAAGCACAAGUCAACAUCUCUGAACAGCCUGCAACAAUGUUUGCAGAAGGCGGCAAAUACCUCCAUAUAUCUGUUCCAGAUUCACUCGAAGCAGAUCUUUUUUCUUCCUUUGCCACCAUUUGUCAUUUCAUAGAUGCUCAGCUGGAUCAUGGAGCAGUACUGGUGUUCUCCAGCCUGGGGAUAAGCCGGAGCAGCACAGCAGCCAUGGCCUAUCUUAUGCAUUCCUGCCAGUUUUCCCUGAAGAGAGCUUGGGACUACGUUCUGAAAUGCAAAACGAACAUGAGACCACACCGGGGUUUUGUGAAACAGCUCUCAGACUGGGAGACCCAAAUCUACGGGGCCACAAUCACAGACAUCUCUGAACCAAACUACUGACAGGUAGCAAAGAGAACACCCAGCAAGGAAAGGCGCUUCCCUGUCCAUACCACCGUGUCGGUAGAAAGUUCCUUGAACUGUUUGGAAAACGAUCUUAAUGUAAUGGAAAGGCUUUUGUCUUUAGCUCU